CUACUCAGAACGAAAAUGAACCCAUCUAGAAGAAGUGAAAGUGACUGGCAAGGUUUGGUAAAUGAAUUCCUGGUGUGCAAAAGGAAACUGGAGAGCAAGAAGGAGGCGUUACUGAUAUUAUCAAAAGAACUGGACAUGUGCCAGCAGGAACGGGACCAGUACAAGCUAAUGGCCAAUCAGCUGCGAGAACGCCAUCAAGGCCUGAAGAAAAAGUACAGAGAGCUCAUUGACGGUGACCCCACUCUGCCCCCAGAAAAGAGGAACCAGGUGAACCUUGCGCAGUUGCUACGAGACUCACGGGAGAAGAAUAAACGACUCUCUGAAGAGCUGAAGGAGUUAAAUCAGCGCUUAGCAGAAGUCCAGGGAGAUAACAAGCUGCUGAGGAUGACCAUCGCUAAGCAGCGCCUAGGGGAUGAAGAGGUGGGGGUGAGGCACUUCCCCGCUCACGAGCGAGAGGACCUGGUCCAGCAGCUGGAGAGGGCCAGGGAACAGAACGAACAGCUGGAGAACAGUCUAAAGGCGGCCACAGAUGAGCUCCAGGACGUGAGAGCGGAGAGGACCGUGUACCAGGAGAAGGCCCAGCGUCUCAACCUGGAGAUCAACCACAUCCUGGGCUGCCACGAGGGACGCAUCCUCGACGUGGACGCCCUCUGUAUGGAGAACAGGUAUUUGCAUGAGCGGUUCAAGCAGCUGCAGGAGGAGGUGAACCUGCUGAAGGCAAACCUAAUGAAGUAUAAGAAUGCUCUGGAAAGCAAGAAGAACUGCAAAGCCUAUGGGAAGAACAACAGUAGUGCUCUCACAGGGGUCCUCUCAGCCAAGCAAGUUCAGGAGCUUUUGCUGUCGGAGGAGAACGGAUGUAGUCUCCCCAUCACUGCUCAGUCCAUCGCUGAUCUGAAGUCUCUGGCCACAGCCCUGCUGGAGACCAUUCACGAGAAGAACAUGGUCAUUCAGCACCAGAGACAGACCAACAAAAUUCUGGGAAAUCGAGUUGGAGAGCUUGAAAGGAAGUUGAAAACUCUGGAGGUUUCUGGGUUAUGGAGUCUUCCAGGCAUCACCUACAAUGUGUCUGUAGGACUGGGCAGAGGGCGGGAUGUCAUCAUUUUGAGUGACACCCAGACCGUCCAAUCUCCAACAGAACUGCCGGUGCAGGUCGGAGAAAGCCCCUCUGUAGAUGAUGGAACAGGACAUGAGGAGGGGGUUCGAGGUGAUGUCAUCCCAGCAGACAGAAGUUGUGAUUCUGAAACAUGUGGAGACACCACGGGUGGCGUGGUUGAAAACACGACGCCUGGUAACACAGUGUGUACAGACUCAGAGGCAACUGAACACAGCAGCUGUUCCCAUGGCGUCAGAUCUGAUGACGACCAAAGAGACGCCCAGGGCCUCCCUGUCUGUCUGGAGGAAGAGAAGAUUCAUUUGCCCCAGCGGAUGAUUGACAGUUGUGAGGAACAGACGGCGGAACCUCAAGAGGAUCCGGCAACCGGCCAAUGUCAAAGCACGGAGGUUUCCUCCGGGGAGUGUCCUGGCCAAUCAGGGGAGGCUGUAGGCGGGACUUCCGCCUGUCACUCAGAAACUCCUUUGGUCUCAGAAUGUGCCGUUUCACAGGCUCCCGACGCUGAGGUGAAGGUCACGUACGACGCAGAGGACGGUUCUCAGUGCGAUUUGGAGUUAAGUCCUGAAGAGGGUCCACAGACAGCAUAA